UUCCGAUCCUGACCACAAAGGAGAAGGAGAUUUUCGAGAGUCUGACCAUGAUUUUCAAGGAAGACGAGAUGAACAACAACAUCUUCGCAACAAGUCGUGACCUAAGUAAAAGUUCCGUAUCUGUUCUGCUGGACGAUGAACACGAUUUUCAUUCUUUCACGGAGCUGCCAGACGGGGGCACGAAUGUUUUGCAAAAUCCCUUCCGAACAACAGAAGGGACUACUAUGAAACAAGAAUCGGAAGUGGUAGUGCCGGACGCAGCAGGGACCGCAGAAGCAUCAAAGCGGGGAAAAAUAAAUCACGAGCAGGACAAAAUCAAUAUCCCAACUGCUGCAACGACAGAAAAUGAAAAUCUGAACGAAGGCAGCUCUCUCUGUGUAGUACCAACGAAGAUCAACUUCUGGACUAACCAGCGAGCGCUGGAAGCAUUUCUGAAAGAGCUUUCCUUCCGCCGAACGCAAGCGGUGGACCAGAUGCGGACGAGAGCUAGUCAGAACGUGCAAACCACCGGAGACCGGAAAGUAGGAAUUGAGAAGGUCAGCUUGUGGGACAUUGGUAAAAACCGAGGCAUAUGCUGUGCAAAAGUAUUGUACUCGUAAUGCAAUCAUGCGUCACAAAUCUUUUUCUUAAGGUCAAUCAGCAUUACAAAUUUUAUUUCUCAUGCUGAGGAAAUUUGUAAUGCAUUUAUACGAGUACGAUACUUCGGCAAUCCAUAAGGCAAUCGUGAUGAGGACUUCUUGAUGCAACACAUCAAACAGGAAAUGUCGCGGAAUCCAAAUUCCAAUUGGGGAGCGGUCGUGAUCCCGGAUUUGAGCGAGUUGUGGCGAAACAAGUACCCCGGGCUGCUAAUGGUGGGAAGAAGUGCUGACCACACGACAGAGACUCGAGGUGGUGAAAACAAUCCCUUCGCGGACCACGUCGAAAGUUCUACCUCUUUGUCAUUCGAAGAAACAGCGUCUACCCUUUUGGAACUGCAGCAAAUUGGUUCUUCCACAACUGGCGCCAUCAACCUCUUCGGCGGUGAUUUUUCAACAUCUUCCUUGCUCAACAAGCCGGAUUUGACGCAACUAGAUUUUCAAAUCCGCAAAUUGAUCGGGGAAUACGGACAUUUGAUCGAAAACCGACACGAGCACGUCACGGACGAACAAAUCUUUGCCGCACUAAAUCGCUGGUGGGACGAGGAUUACGUCGAUGUUAAUAGCACAAUAAAAACUACAUCUACUUCUUCAGAAAAGGGUAAAAAGGAUGUUGACCACGACAUCGAAAGUGAAAAUGUCGAAACUAUUGACCGGGAACGCCAGUACUCGCAAAGAGGAUACGACUGUCUGCAGAUGCUGAAGGCGCACGAGGACUUGUGGGUGUACUUGUCAUAUGCAUUGCAAAAGUACUAUCGUGGUGCUACGUAAGAAUUGAAUGACAAAUUUCCUCAGCAUUAGAAAUGAAAUUUGGGAUGCGGAUGUAGCUUGACACAACAAUUUGUAAUGCAAAAAUGCCAUUGCCAUUAGUAAACGAGUGCGAUACUUUUGCAAUGCAUAUUUCAAAAGCGGAGAAAUUGUGGAAUAAAGUUCAGGAAUUAAACAUUCUGAAAAGGGAAAUCACGAUUAUGCCCGAGUUUCCGAAAGAAAUGAGGGAUGACUACGUGGAGGAAGAGAGCCAAGAUUUUUGUUUUGAGGAACAGGAAGACGGGGGAGGUGUAAUUCUUGGCGACAGUAUUCUUGCAAGCACUUCCAGCAGCAUCGCAGGCGAUACUAGCAUGAUCACCGGUGAAGAGCUAAAUACAACAGGCCAGCAGGCCGAAGCGCACCAGGCCAGAGCGACAACCGACACAACCAUGACCACAGAUAGUACUAAACCCGUUCGAGAUAAUGAUAAGAUCAAACUUUUCCCGCAACCGAACUCCAAGUACUCCCACUCCCAACGACUCCGGCAGAACCGCAGGGCCGCGAACAAUAUGCAUUCAGCAAAAGCAUCGUAAUCGUACUUCUAAUUGCAGAUAUGCAUGACGAACCUCCUUCCUAUAGUUGAAACAGCAUCACAAAUCACAUUUGGCACGCUAGGGAGCUACAACUACUUUGUAUUGCAGUUACUACACCUACUAGUUGUGCGAUACUAACUUUUGCAAUUCAUAAACAAACGCCCCGACGCGUACGAGUCCUUUGAAUUGAAGGAGAAGCUCUACUACCCCAUGCUCUGGGCAGCGCGCUGGAAAGACGCGGAAGUUACAGCGACGAAGAAAUUUAAAAGAGAUUUCAAACAAAUCGAAGACUGUUUACUCCCGAGAAGGGACGGAUUCGGCAACUGGACCAUUUUCGGCCGGUCGCCGUUUUUUGAAAACACAACUAACACGGUUGACGAAAGUGCUGAAGGAUUUAAAGACCUAACGGAACAGCAACGCGCAAACCCGCCGAUGAGCCACUGGUCGAGACAAUUUCCGGUGUGGGUACCCUGUGCAAAAGUAUCGUACUCGUAGUAAUUGCAGUCAUGCACUGCAAGUCUUUUUAUUAAGGUAAAUCCGCAUUACAAAUUCCAUAUCUAAUGCUGAGAAAAUUUGUAAUGCGAUUCCAUUAUUACUAGUACGAUGCUUUUGCAUUUCAUAGUGGGACGCUUUGCACAACUUUUCUUUCGAGCUGAACAAGUGGUGCUUCGUCCGGGGUGUGCAUGUCUCCGAUAACAUCAUGGAAUUAACGAAAUCUCUGUUGUGGUAUGAGAGUGCACAAUUCCCCCUCUCCCUCAUUUGUAUAGCAUGGACAGCAAUAUAAACACUAGCACACGUGGAGCCUACGCAUGACAAAUUUGCGCACCCAAUGCAGUAUUGUUUGGGCUUCCGGAUGAAUUUCUCAUGCAAACAGUGCCACAAAACAGCGACUAGAUAUGGGAUUUUGCAUGGCAAAUGAGGGUGACGGGGAGUUGUGCACUUUCACAUGCGGCUGGGCGGGAAGAAGACAAGGGACGCCUUUCAACAGAUUCGGGAUGAGAGAAAGAAAGUUUUAACCUUAACGGGAGGGAGGAAGAAAAAAUAAAAAUGAAAAUCAUCUGAUGCGGUUCCUCUCAUGCCAAAGAGGACAGCUGGUUUCUAUAUACUUUUUUGGUGGAGAGAAAGAAUAUACAAAAGUUAAAGUUGUCAGUGCAAAAAAAAUCCGAUUUAUUUGCUCUAUCUUGUACUCUACGACGCAACGGUUUGAUUUUGAAUUUUGAUGUAAGUGUACAAAACGCAUCGUUUGAAACAAUGGCGCAACUACAAUGGUUCCCUCUAACUACCGAGAGAGUUAGUUGACUAU